CCUACGCUCUCUCGGGUGAAGCAAUCCCAAUUACCCCGACCAUGUCUCCUUCAGAACGAGGCCCCGUCAGCGUUUUAUUCGUCUGCCUGGGCAACAUCUGCCGGUCUCCCAUGGCCGAAGGUGUCUUCCGCAAUCUCGCCGCAUCUCACCCCACCAUCGGUGAGAUCGACUCGGCCGGCACGGGUGCCUAUCAUACUGAUGAUCCUCCGGACUCUCGUACCAUGUCGACCCUGCGCCGCCAUGGUAUCACCAACUACAGCCACGCUGCCCGCAAGGUCAACCGGGAUGACUUCUUGAAAUUUGACUAUCUCCUUGCCAUGGACAAGUAUAACCUGCGGGAUCUGCUGGAUGAGAGAGAAUACGUGAUCUCGAUGCUGCGCAAGAAAGCCGAUGCCAAGUCUUCAGCGAAGAACACCCGCGCGGCGAAGGAUGCUGAGUUGGGCGCGCGUGGCGAGGAUGCCAAGGUGGCGGAGGUGCGCUUGUUCGGCGACUUUGGCAAGGCCGGCAAGCUGCAUGACCGUGUAGGUGGUGGUGAGGUGGUCAAGGAUCCGUACUACGGCGGUGCCAAUGGGUUCGAGGAGGUCUACCACCAGGUUGUCCGAUUCUCCCAGGGCUUCUUGGAUUACGUGGAGAACGAGUAA